AUGAUAGUCUAUACACUCCUGGGGAUAAAAGAUGUCGUAGCCUGCCUGCAGACCAGUGAGCUCGCCGAGGCUUUAACUGCCAACACAGCCUUCGAAGAGGAGCUGGCUGCCGAAAUCGGCCUUGUGAAUCAGUGCUUCUCGCGAAACCAGCACGAUCUGCUGAAUAGGACUGCCCAGCUCUCUGAGGAGCUCCAUACCCAGCAGGGACCUGGCAGUGAUGAUGGAGGAAGCAUCGCCUCGAAACGGUCGGACGCGCUGAGGCAUUUGGUGGACAUCCUCCAGGAGGUAGACCAGCUGCGCAAGUACGCCGUUUGGAAUGCGGUGGCUGUUGUGAAGAUCCUGAAGAAGCGCAGGAAGCAGACCAGCUUCGGAAUUGAGGACACUGCAGCAGAGCGGGCUGGAUGGCUCUCCCGUCAGACUUUCUUCAGCGGCUCGGACUUUGCCGAGCUCCAUGCUUCCAUCGAGUCCUUAGGGCACAUGCUUGUGCUGUCAGAGUUAGUCCCCGAGGGAGCCGAGCACGCCGGAGCAUUUCGCUCGCAGUCCAACCAGGAGCCCCAACAGUGCCCCAUUUGCCUGGACACCAUUACGGACAUGGUGGAGCUCUCUUGCAAACAUAGGUUUUGCUGGAAGUGCUUCGUGCUUGGUCCCAUUGCAUUCCAGCCGGGGGAGUAUCGCAUAACGCAAUGCCCUAUCUGCCGGAGGGAGACGUGCCAGACAGGGGAGGCAGAUGGCGCAGGUGAAAGUAUGGCAUGCCGGCAGAUCCCGAACGUGGUGCGUGGCCACCCUCGAAAAGUCGGAGCUGAGCCCCUGAUGAGUGGCCCGCCGCAACCGACGCAAGAGGGCUUCCUGACCCGCUUCUUGCACACCUACUUCCCCGGCGAGGUUCCGCACGGCCGGCAUACCGACCAGAAG